AUGGCUCCUAGGAUCGGAGAGACACCCGCAGAAGCGACAGCAGCAGCAGUGGGACCGGACGGAGUGUUGUUAGUGGCACCGAAUGCAGGUGCGGGGAGUGGUGCUAAGGAGGAUGGACGGGAGGAGGAGGAGGAGCGGAGAGUGGGUGAGCUGAAGAGAGAGGAGGUGGAGGUGAGAGCACCGAGGUACGACUCUGCUGUUAGGGAGUCUUGGAAGGAGUCUGCUACUGCCUUCUCUGGUUUGGAUAGGCUGAGAGAAUGGGGAUGGUGGCACAGACACGAAAUGGAUCAUGACCACGCAGGCAAGCCACGGGACCACCACCACGCGCCUGCCUCGUCAGCUGCGGGUCCUGCUGCCACGUCAGUGGGAGGUACUGGAGGCGGGCUAUCAGCUGCUCCUGCUGUGGGUCCACCUGGAUUUUCAUUCCCUGCCUCCGCUGCCACGUCAUCUGCAUGUGAGAAUAACGGUCAUCGGUUGGAUCUAGCUGCUGGAGUGCGUCCAUCCUCCCCCAACGUCCACCCGCCUUCGCCUCUAACCCAGCAGCAAGCCUCUGUUGCGUCUGAGCCGACCGCAGCAGGAGCCAUGCAAGCAGCCGGCAGUGCAGAGCCGGUGCCACCAAGAUACGCUGCAUCUUUGUCAUUGCCCUCCGCCCUUGGAAGCACUCAACCCCAUUCCGUCGCCACCCAGUCAUCUGUGCCACCACUGCCACCUGUAGCUUCUGCUGCUGAGGCUGCUGCUGGCAGCAGCAUCAGUGGAGGGGCCGCAACAGUAAGGGGCGCAACUGUUGGUAUUGGGGCGGUGGGGGGUGGCACAGCAGCAAUAGGAAGUGGGUCCCACCAGGCCCAGCAGGCCCAGCAGGCCCAUCAAGCACAGCAGCGGCACCAGGAGGAGGUGCAGAGAAUGCUGGCGGCAAAGUGGGCGGCGGUGCAGAGAGCAAGGCAGAUGGGCGUCACAGGGCACUUCAAGCCGUGUGACUCCAUGUUUGGGAACUCCCUCGUUCCUGUUCCAACAACCUCAGUAGCAGUCCUAGAUUCAGUGUGGCCCUCAGUUUUGUUGGGCACGUCAGACCACUUCAAGCCCUGCGACUCCAUGUUACUGUUGUUCCGUUCCAACAACUAUCGCAGCAGCAACAUGUGCCUACCACGAGCAUGA